UGAAGUAAUAGACAGAAACUCAGUCACUCAGAUUCAGAUUCUCCAUUUCUAGCAAUAUAACAAUUUGAGAUAGGAUUUUAAACUACAAUCCAGGAUUUGGAACUGGAAGAAUAUCAGAUCAUGGCCAAUGGCAAAAUACAAGGUACAGGUGAUGACAUGGAUGCAAUGGACUUUCCUCAGUUUCAGUCAAUGUGUUUGGAGCUGAAGUCAGGUUUGGGUAGUGUGGCCAAAGAUGUUGCCACCCUUCGUCAAACUUACAGUCAACUGGAGGAGACAGUCUCCACCUAUCAACAGGAAACUAGUGACAAGAUCCUGUCUCUCAGAAACACGCUUAACACCUUACAGGAGGAUAUAGGCACUGCUCUAUCACAACUAUAUGAGAUGAAGAGCAACCAAAAAGACCUACAGAGAGACCUUGACCACAUGCAGGUCACACAUCACAGGAAAGGAUCAACCGGGGAGAGCACGGUGGAAGGCCACGGCUCCCUGUCCAGCCAAACAGACCUUAGUCACAUUCAGCAUUACAUCAGCAGCCUUUCAGCCAAUCAGAACUUUCAUCCUGAACAUGACAAUACUGGCCAAAAGAAGCUCCCAGUGUGGAGAGAAAGAAAAAGCAGCAAAGAUUUGACAGAGCAGAACAAUUCAAGUUUAACUCAGAGGCAGACGGCAGCGCUGGAGUUGUUAGAGUCUGAGAGACUCUAUGUGUCGUACUUGUCACUCCUUCUAAAGGCCAACAUCUCUUAUAAUGGCUCAGAGAGCAUCAACCUCAAAGACAAACAGCCUUUCCCCUCCACUCUGCGUUUCUUAAUUCAGCAGCACCUGGAACUCUUGCAUCUCCUCCAAGAGAGAGUUCUGAAGAGCCAUUUGCAGGGCAUCAUGGGUGAUGUUUUCCUAAGGCUCACCAGCAAAAAUAGUGAUUUUCUGGACCACUAUGUAUCUUACUUGAGGGAACUACCAGAGUGUUUGAAUGUUAUUACUUUAUGCUCCUCUUCAAAAGCAGGUUUACUGGAGAGUGACAUUACAGGAGAUGAGACAUGCCAGUCACUGUACUCUCUGCUUCUAAAGCCUGUCCGGCGGAUCCCAGAAUACCAUACACUCCUGCAAAGUUUGUUGCAACAGACCGAAUCAGAGCAUCCAGAUUAUUACCUUUUACUGGUGUGUGUACAACAACUCAGAUCUUUCACAACACAUUACAACCAACUGAUACAACACAACCAGGAACUCCUCACACACAAUCAUACUGUGCGAGAACACACACACAACCUGUGUACAAAUCAGCAGGAUUGGCCCUCCCACAGCCGAAAAGAGCUGAGCAGGUCUACAGGAAAACAGCUGUAUAAAUUGGACUAUGAGAACUCACAAAAUUAUAGUGACCCAUCUCAAGGUUUGCGUCGUAACAAGCGCUACCCUGACUAUGAAGCAGUACCCUACCACUAUGAUCCAGAAAUCUCCUCCCCUGUAUCCUUCCUGACUGAUUCUGACCAUCGCCACAAGGCAGUACCAGUUCCCCUGCACAGCAUUCCAGAGACAGACAGAGCCGGAUCGUCCCUCGCUGAUGCUCUGGGUGCACUCCUGCCAUACAGAGGUGGAGACACUCGCUGCUCAAGUCCAUCCCAUUCCUCGGACUCCAGUAUUGAUAUCGCCUUUGUGCGCUGUAGCCCUUCCCAUAGUCCACCCCACCCUUCCCAGAGUAGAGGGGGCAUGAUAUAUAGGUCCAACAGAGGCGGUGUGUUACUUGACUCAGCAGACAUUAUGAAGCCACGCCCUCUACAUGCAGUGCAAAAAAAGAGCAAAUCACUAAAUGGCCUGCAGAUGGACAGAAUUGAUGGCCACACCCAACAGAGGAGAAUUCCAACCCACCCAAAGCUCGAGCGCCAGUCAAGUGCCAAAACAACAUUGAGACCAGGCAGUCCAAAACACAGAUACGAAAUACACACUGACUCAGAGGAACAACCACAGCCAAUACAUCAAAAGGAUUCCAGAAGCUUAGUGUGGGAGGACCUUAAAUUGAAGGGUGUGUCUAAUGACUAUGACCACACACCCCUAAGUGAACAUAGUAGGAAAGAGACAAAAGGAUUUAGGAACUCCUUUAAAAAGCUCUUUAAGAAAAAGUCUAGUGAUGGAAAAGAGAAAACAUUGAAAGCUGAGUGCAAAAGCAGCGGAAACAUGGAGUCAAGCAGAGCCACUCAAACAGGAGAGAUUGACAGAGGAACUGCUGUUUAAAGUCAAACACUGGAAGAGGAGUAGUUAUAAAACACACACUGUGUAAUGGAUCUUAAAUCACUUAAUUAUUUGCAGACAUAUUAAUAAAAAAUAUUAUUGAAUUUGAUAAAUCAAUAUGCAUUACACAUUUAAAAUAAAAACUAUGGGUUAAUGACUUAUUAUUUAAAACACUUCUAAUGAUAUAAACUAUGUUGUAU